CCCCAACAGUUUCCAUUUAUAUCCAAUUCCCUGGAUAAAACCCAAAACUCAGAAUCCAACCCCCUCUCAAAUCCCUCCACCUGUCCCCGUUUUCUCCCAAAAUCAUUACACAUCCGAAGACAAAUAAAUAGGAUAAUCUCUCCCCUGUUUUUUUUGACUCGUAUCCGUUUGCCUCGCUUUCAGCAAUUCCCCCAAUUUCAAUCCCUCCCUCUCUUCUCUGUUGACUGCUUCUCAUAUCAUAUUCUUCUCUUCUCAACAACAGCCCAAACAGAUGAUGAGGCGGCAGCAGCAGCAGCAGAGCCACCAGGAUCAGCACUCCAGAAUCUUCCACGAGCUCUCCUCCCUCGUCCUCAGCCUCCUCCGAUCCCCGCCCUCCCCCGUCCACUUCUCCGAUCACCCCACGGCGCUUUCGCCGACGGGACCCAACUCCUCCUCUUUCCCGCAGACGACCACUUCUGCCUCCGAGACCAGGAGGUAUGCUGCGCCGUCGCAGAUCUCGCCGGCGGGGCUCGCGUUUCUGAUGCUCGGGAUUUCGAUGGCGCUCAUGCUGUGUGGAUCGGUCACCUUCUUUAUAGGCUUCUUGUUGAUGCCGUGGGUGCUUGGGUUGGUUAUGGUGUUUUAUGUGGCCGGAGUCGUUUCGACGCUUUCUGUUUUGGGAAAGUCGAUCCUCUGUUACGCCUCGCCGCCGCCGACGUCGCCAAGGAAGGAGAUUCCGGAUAAACCCACAUUCUUCGACAGCCGUUACUAUUAUGCCAAACUUCCAACCUUCAUCCACCAAAUAAUAUGCCUCUUCGACGCAAAAUCGGAUUGACCAAACGGUACUGACAUGCGGGUUUUCCUCUUGGAUUUACGAAAAGCAUGGAAGUUAUAGCAAACAAAAGGACUGGAGGUGGUACAGGGGAAAGAGUUGAUAUGUUUAUGGAAGGGGCGGAGCAAAGCAUCAGAAAUGCCGUUGCGAGUGUGGUGCUGCAUAUAGGUGGAACAAGUGAAUGUAUAGACAAUUCAGGAUGAAAUUAUAUAAUGGAUCGAUUGAGCUGAAGAAGAUCUUGAAGUAUUGAUGAUGCAUGAACGGUGGAUGAUGUUUUUAUUAAUGUUCUACUGAGUAUGUGGAUCUUUUCAUUGCUUGAAGCAUG